UUCCAAAAGUCUGAAUAGUUAUUUACAGAAUCAAUGCAUUCCUCAUUUUCCCACAAGCUGAAAUAUGUAAUAAAUAAUAGUUCUUUGUAUGUAAAAGUAUUUAAAAGGAAUGCCUUUUGUGCAGUUGUUUUAAUAAAUUAAUAUAUUCUUUGGUUGAUAAAUCUACAAAAGUAGCUCUUUUGUCUCCCGGGAUCUUAAACACGAGCAGCAACAAAAUGAAUAUUGGUUUAUUUCUUCUGCAAAGGAGUCUGUUGCCAGCUCUGUGAACCUGAUUGGAUAAGAUAUGAAAAUGCUGAGUGAUGGUUGAAGCCUGCAUUAACUUAGCUAAGACUUAAAAGAUCAGGAGAAGGUUUUCAAUGAUCUUUUUUUUUCAUGUGGCAGGUUGUGGAUUGUAAAUUAGGCCUAAAAGGUCAGGUGACAGGCACCUGUUCCCCAUUAUUGUAAAAAUCUCUUGGUUACAAACACUAUCAAGCUAAACACAACACGGAUAUACAGCAGGGACUCUGUAAAGCACUCUAGUGGUUUUUCAUCUGCUCUGUAAAUUUCCGAGGGCCACGCAUAGAUGUGCUCUUUACGUAAGACAUCGUUUCUUCCACACAUGUUGUCUUGGAUGACUAAUUUAUGUUACAUUAGUACUUGGGAUUGAUGAAGUACAUAAAAUAAAUGCAUAUGACUGAAUCAGUCUUCAGACUGUCUAGACAUGUUGUAGUUAAAUGCAAAAUAUUCUUUUCACACCCCACUCUUUUCCUGUACGAUCGAUUAGUUAUCAAUUUUUUUGUUCAUGUUUUAAAUAGAAGUCUCCCCAAAUUGUCUUUCAGACUUUUUAGAUAAGGUGGGUUCCCCUUUUAAAUGAUGCCAUGAAAUAUUUUGCUCAGUAUUUGUGUAUAAGGAGAAAAUUAGUUGCUAUAAACCAUCAUAGCUUUGUAGCAUAUAUAAAAUGGGGGGGGGGACACAUUUUUCAAGAAUGCUGUUAGGAAGGGUAUCAUCAUUUGACCUUCAAACUUGCCGCUUCUCUCAGAAGAGUUCAGUAAUAUUCCUAUUGGAAUGAAGUGUGAUGUGAGUUUUAUGACUGGUUUACCGUGAGAUAUUUCAGAGAGGAGAACAUACAAACAUAUUGAACAGACCUAAAUAGCACAAGGUUGCAAAAUAUUAAAGGUUCUCUAUGCUUUUAAUUAGCAAAUGAGGAUUUUGAGUAAAUGAAAUAACUCAGAUUAUUGAAUUCUAUGUUAUUUAAAUCUGCUCUUUGUCUUUUUGGUUUGGUAUAGCUUAUGCUGAUUAUAUUAAGUAUUCAUUUUUAGCUUUUGUGAUCAGAUUACAGGAGAGUCAUUCCUCUUGCUUAUCAAAUUGAUUUAGGUUGCGAACUCCAAAACUCUUGAGUUGAUUUUUACAAAUUGGUUUACAUUUUGACAAGAGUUAAGUUAAUUAGUAGAUCAAGCACGAAAAACCAUCCAUGGUAGAGUAUAUUUUCUGGUAAAAUGAAAGUUAUGUUUCAGCAUGAUGAGCAUCAGGCUUCAGUAAUCUGUUCCUCUUGUGGAAUGAACACUUCCUACUUCAAACUAGCAGGCACCUACUGUUUAUUUACGCUGCAUUAAACUGACAGCUCAGCAAUCAGAGGAAAAAUAUUACUUACCUUCCUGAAGUAAAUACCAGUUUAUAGGUUAGUGCACGUAUUUAUAUUCCUGUCAUCACUAAAUAACGGCUCUGUCUCCAUUUUAAUAUCUACCUGUGCUGUAAUCCAGGACUUCAGACUCUUCCUGGUUGGGGCUAGAGGUAGGGAGGAGUUUUUUUCAUUUCCCAGUGGCAAAACUUUAAAGAGAAGUAAUUUCAUCUCAUUUCUGUCAUGUAAGAACCAGUUGAAAGAAAUGGUACGCACUUUUACUUUGCAUACCUCAACUAUAACAUCAAUAUCCAAAAAGAGUUUGCGUGCCCCUUCUAAUAGUCAUCCUGGAGCAACCUCAGGACAAAUACCUUCAAACACAUUGAAGUGUGUGUUUGCUAAAUUAACUUUCUGUAACAUUCCAAAUCGAUGACUGAAACGAUGUCAUUUCUUAGAUAAUAACUUUGAGAAAGUGUCUUCCCUUCUAAAUCUUAGAUAAAAUGCUUCAGUUUUUGAUGGAGAUCUGCAAAUAUGAGUACAAAGUGGGGCUUAUUGAUUGCUUGAUUGAUACCGUUGCUUUCCCCUGAGAAUAUUCUUACCACUCUUACUUGUUAGUUUGCCAACCUUAAGAGAAAGGAGAUUUCUACUUUCUUAUAAUAUUAAAUGUAUGUGUUGUUCUGUAUUUUAAUUACAAGACUGUUCUCUGGUAAGACCCCUUGAAACUUCAAAAUAUGUUUUAAGGUGAAUUCUAAAACCCAUAACUAACUUUUGAGAAAAUGCUUGUUUUCGCUUACAUUCUCUAAGUAGCUCUUACGCUCAUGGUCUACACACAGUUGUCAAUUGCUAAUCAUAUAUUCCAUUGACAUCAGAGCAGAACGUGGUCUUAAUACAGCAUAUAAAUCAAAUCUGUUGUACAAGGUUCUUCUCCUUCGCUACACCAAAGAAUAAGUGUCUCCUAUGGUAAUUUAUAUAUCAUUCCUAAGUGCUGUUCUCCAUGGUAAGUCUCUUUAAACUUGAUGUCUUCGUGGAGUGUGAUCAACACAUUAACACACAUUAUUUAGUACUUUUGAACUUAUGCCAACUGUACCUUUUGCUGUUUAUUUUUUUAAAGUCUUUUUUAAGAUCAGAUAUUUCAUUUCAGAGUAAAUAGAUACAGAUUGUGUGUAUAUGUAUUCAGGGCGAGAUUUAGUAGUUGUAGCGUUUCUCCAGCAUAUUGGCCUAUUUUUAUUCGUUCAAGUUAUCCUGUAUCGCUUCCACAGUUGUUGCUGUCAGAAGGUUUGUAAUAGAAAUUCUAAUCACCUCUUUCAAUGGACUUUCAAGAAUGUCAUUCAGUUUAUGCAGUGAUCUAGUUUAGUUUACGAGAGAUGAAAAUUAGUUGACUGAUACCCCAGCACUUACGUCCCUAGUUUCUGCUGAAAUUUAUUCAGUCCAGUUAUUUAACUUUUGGUAGAGGAGUAUCUUGCAGUCAGAAUUAAGAAUUGUUCAGGUUUCCAGUGGAGGAAAAGAGAUGGCUGGAUAAAACGUUUAACUGUGCAGUAUUUUAGUAUGCAAUAUUUUGUUAUUCAUUUUAGAGCCGCUUGUUAUUGCAUGCAUUUUUGAGGACCUAGGGGUGCAGGUCCCCCAAAUGAGGCUGAAAUGCUUGCAGAAGAACCCAGUUCUCAGGCUGCACCUGGCUGUGCCUUUACUAGACUGUCUGUGGCCCUGCUCAGGUCCCCCUCCUCCACCGCCCUUCCCCCCAGGUGUGCAGGAAGUAGAGGGUGUUGUACUGGGUGAAGUGGGUGGACUCUACCCAGAGCUAUGACCUGAUUUGUGACGCACCUUCAGAACUGCGGUAAUGGUCCAGCUGCUUCACAGGCAACUGGUAACCACCUCAUUUGGGGAUGCUUCUGCCUUGCUAGCGGUGCCAGGGAGAACUUCAUCACUGUCACUUCAUCAAAGACUACUUUUUGAGAGCUCUCCUGUAGGACUAGCUCCUGAGAGCAAGCAGCCUCUGAGCUUUGGAGGGUGAUCUUUAGAGGGUAACUGAGUAUGGAUCAUUUGAACGAGGCAACUCAGGGGAAAGAACAUUCAGAAAUGUCUAACAAUGUGAGCGAUCCGAAGGGUCCACCAGCCAAGAUUGCCCGCCUGGAACAGAACGGGAGCCCGCUAGGAAGAGGAAGGCUUGGGAGUACAGGUGCAAAAAUGCAGGGAGUGCCUUUAAAACACUCGGGCCAUCUGAUGAAAACCAACCUUAGGAAAGGAACUAUGCUACCAGUUUUUUGCGUAGUGGAACACUAUGAAAACGCCAUUGAAUAUGACUGUAAGGAGGAGCACGCAGAGUUUGUGUUGGUGCGAAAGGAUAUGCUUUUCAACCAGCUGAUAGAAAUGGCACUGCUGUCCUUGGGUUACUCGCAUAGCUCUGCUGCUCAGGCCAAAGGGCUAAUCCAGGUUGGGAAGUGGAAUCCAGUCCCUCUGUCUUAUGUGACAGACGCCCCUGAUGCGACAGUAGCAGAUAUGCUUCAAGACGUGUAUCACGUGGUCACGUUGAAAAUUCAGUUACACAGUUGCCCCAAACUGGAAGACUUGCCUCCCGAACAAUGGUCGCACACCACAGUAAGGAACGCUCUGAAGGACUUACUGAAAGAUAUGAAUCAGAGUUCGUUGGCCAAGGAGUGCCCCCUUUCACAGAGUAUGAUUUCUUCCAUUGUGAACAGCACUUACUAUGCAAAUGUCUCAGCAGCAAAAUGUCAAGAAUUUGGAAGGUGGUACAAACAUUUCAAGAAGACAAAAGAUAUGAUGGUUGAAAUGGAUAGUCUUUCUGAACUGUCCCAGCAAGGCGCCAACCAUGUCAACUUUGGCCAGCAGCCGGUCCCAGGGAACACAGCCGAACAGCCUCCAUCUCCUGCGCAGCUUUCCCAUGGCAGCCAGCCCUCUGUCCGGACCCCUCUUCCAAACCUGCACCCUGGGCUUGUAUCAACGCCCAUCAGUCCUCAAUUGGUCAACCAGCAGCUGGUGAUGGCUCAGCUGCUGAACCAGCAGUAUGCAGUGAAUAGACUUUUAGCCCAGCAGUCCUUAAACCAACAAUACUUGAACCACCCUCCCCCUGUCAGUAGAUCUAUGAAUAAGCCUUUGGAGCAACAGGUUUCAACGAACACAGAGGUGUCUUCCGAAAUCUACCAGUGGGUACGUGACGAACUGAAACGAGCAGGAAUCUCCCAGGCAGUAUUUGCACGUGUGGCUUUUAACAGAACUCAGGGCUUGCUUUCAGAAAUCCUCCGAAAGGAAGAGGACCCCAAGACUGCAUCCCAGUCUUUGCUGGUAAACCUUCGGGCUAUGCAGAACUUCUUGCAGUUACCGGAAGCUGAAAGAGAUCGAAUUUACCAGGAUGAAAGGGAGAGGAGUUUGAACGCUGCCUCUGCUAUGGGUCCUGCCCCCCUGAUAAACACACCUCCCAGCCGUCCUCCACAGGUGAAAACAGCUACCAUUGCCACUGAGAGGAAUGGGAAACCAGAGAACAAUACCAUGAACAUUAAUGCUUCCAUUUAUGAUGAGAUUCAGCAGGAAAUGAAGCGCGCUAAAGUGUCCCAAGCACUGUUUGCGAAGGUUGCAGCAACCAAAAGCCAGGGAUGGUUGUGUGAGUUGUUACGCUGGAAGGAAGACCCUUCUCCAGAAAACAGGACCCUGUGGGAGAACCUCUCCAUGAUUCGAAGGUUCCUCAGUCUUCCUCAGCCAGAACGUGAUGCCAUUUAUGAACAGGAAAGCAACGCGGUACAUCACCAUGGCGACAGGCCGCCCCACAUCAUCCAUGUUCCAGCAGAGCAGAUUCAGAGCCCCUCCCCCACCACCCUUGGCAAAGGAGAGUCUAGAGGCAUUUUCUUACCAGGCCUGCCGACCCCUGCACCAUGGCCGGGUGCUGCUCCUCAGCAGCAGCAGCAACAACAACAACAGCAGCAGCAGCAGGCGCCACCCCCUCCCCAGCCACAGCCCCAGCAGCAGGCUGGCCCUCGGCUCCCCCCACGGCAGCCCACGGUGGCCUCGCCCGCCGAGUCCGAGGAGGACAAUCGGCAGAAGACCCGGCCACGAACAAAAAUCUCAGUGGAAGCGCUGGGCAUCCUCCAGAGUUUCAUACAAGACGUAGGCCUGUAUCCAGACGAAGAGGCCAUCCAGACUCUGUCCGCUCAACUUGACCUUCCCAAGUACACCAUUAUCAAGUUCUUUCAGAACCAGCGGUAUUAUCUCAAGCACCACGGGAAACUGAAGGACAAUUCCGGUUUAGAGGUGGAUGUCGCGGAAUAUAAAGAAGAGGAGUUGCUGAAAGAUUUAGAAGAGAGUGUCCAAGAUAAGAAUGCUAACACCCUUUUUUCGGUGAAACUAGAAGAAGAGCUAUCAGUGGAAGGGAACACAGACAUUAACGCUGACUUGAAAGACUGAGAGAAAAGUAUUAUUUUCAUUCAACAGUGCCACUGGUAUUUACUAACAAAAUGAAAAGUCCACCUUGUCUUCUCUCCGAAAACCUUUGUUGUUCAUUGUUUGGCCAAUGAAUCUUCAGAAACUUGCACAAACAGGAAAGUUGGGAAAGGAUAAGACAGACUGCACUAAAUGUUUUUUCUCUGUUUUACAAACUGCUUGGCAGCCCCAGGUGAAGCAUCAAGGAUUGUUUGGUAUUAAAAUCUGUGUUCACGGGAGGCACCAAGGUGUGUACCCCGUAAGCAUGAUCCCAGUGAUUUUUUUUUUUUUUUUUUAAUUCUGGAGCCUUCAAACAAGCAUUAUAACUUCUAUGAUUAUUAUUUCCUUUAAUUAUUUCUGUAACACUCCACACUGAUCUUUGGAAACUCACCCCUUAUUUUAAAAAAGGAAAAAAAAGAAGAGUUUGUUACUCUAUUGUAUGUUACAAAAGAACUAUAGACUGUGGAAUGCAGUUUAAAGAUCACAUAUGCCAACAAAUGCCUUGUAUUAUAUGGCACUGCCGUAAUUCAAAUUUGUUUUUUAUUUUGGAAAUAAAAAGUUCACUGUAAUUUUUUUUUUUCAUUCUCAUUGUUACAUGAUUUAAAAAAAAAAAAAACAAAAUGUGAAACACAAUUUAGUCCUCAUUAUUUAUUUGUAGAUCCUGCAGCAUCAGGUUGUAAUUAAUUUUUUGGAAGUUUCCGUUAAAUGUAAUAUUGCUUCUCUUGUUACCAUACUGAUUUGUUUUUUCUAUUUAUAAAUGUAUUUUGAUGGGCAGUAAAACAAAGUGUCUUAAAAGUUUUAAAUAGAGAAAAUGUGCUUUACACAGUUGCCUAUAAAAAGUGCUCUAUGUUAUCCAAGCAAUUCAUACUAUAAGCUUCACUUAUUGUUGUAUGCAAUUUUUACUAUCAUGCAAAUAAGCUUAGGUAAAUAAAACUAAUAGAUCACCUUAGAAAAUUAUGCAAUUAAUGUGAAAAUAAUUGAUGUUUGCAAUGUGUCUUCCUUUGGUUUACAAUCAAUUUUAAAGCUACAUCUGUAUAAAAUUUCUGUAUAAAGGUGUAUUUCUUUUUUAUGAGUUUCUGGCUAUGAAAACACCAGCUAUUUUGUUACAGCUGGCUGUUUUUAUAAGUGUAUCACAGUUUUCUUUAUGCAGAAAUGUUCUGAUUAGGAGUGGUUAUUGAUUGACUGUAACUACACAAUUAAACUUGUUUGUAUGGUAUGACAUGGUAGGGUUUGUCUGCUUAUGUCAAGUAGCUAAGAGUCCAAGGAUGGCCUUCUCAUCGAAGUUGCAUGUUAGUAACUUUCUUGAUGAGAUUUUACCGGUUUUUGAAAAAGCAAUUGAAAAGUCACCUUGAAACACUGUAAAUUUAAGUCACACACACACUCUCACUUUUUAAGUUUAAUAGUGAAGAUGAUAAUUUGUUUUUGGUUAACAUUUUUCUUAAUAAACAGAAAUAGCAGGGUGAUCAAAAGACUCUCCAACAAAAACAUAAACCAAGUAUCUGGCAGUGAUGCGCUUAGAAUGAAUACAUGGCUUUUGUUUUAAUAGUUUAAUUAUGGCAACACUUUUCCUUAAUGCUAAUGUAUAAAUAAAUAUCUUUAAGGCCAUUCAUAGGAACAUAAAAUAAGUAGGAAACAAAAUGAAUCUUCUGCAUAAAAAACCCUUAGCAAGCAAUGGUUUUAUUUUGCAAGUUAUCAAUGGACUAUAAGUUAAUUCUGAGCUCAUUUGGUUGCGUAUAUCAUGUCUUAAGAACUACAUGGAGUGUUUUAAGAAUAACAGACCUGAAAUUUAAACACAAUUGUUCUUCAGAAAGUAAUAGUUAAUUCUUGCCCCAUAAUGCUUAGUAAACUCCAAGAUAUAAAAUGAGGUGCGCUAACUUACGGAAGAAAUUGAAACCAGUGUUUUGGGUUUUUUACAAUCCAUUCACUUUAUCUUUGCUGCUGUUUUGUAAGGUUUCCUGGAUUUUCUUAAUAGGGGUAUCUGGAUUCCUUGAGAUGAGGCUCUGUAAUCGCCAGUUUUCUUUCUGCCUACCAUUUCCUCAGUCCCGGACGAUCUCAUUGGUAGGUGACUGGGCUGCUCAAUGUUGGACUUUUUCUCAAGAAACUGAAUUGGGUGUGUUGAAAACUCCCAGUUCAGCUUUCAAGUACCAUUUACUUUUGAAGCCCAGCUGAGCUGCUGUGAAGGCAGCUGGUUUGCUCUAAACUUAAAAUUGUAUUGAGGAAGUUUUCAAUUCCUUUUUAUUCAAUGAGAAAACAACUUUUAGACACUCUUUCUCACUAGAGUUCAGAGAACUAAUCGUUUGAGCAAGAGGAAUUUGAAUUAAGAAAAUAGAAACUAAAUUUCAUGUGUUAAAAAUAAAUGGAAAAUUAAUAGAAACUACUAUGCCAUGAAGUUAAUGAGGAAGUAUCUUCCUCUUCUUUUCCCCUACUUUGAGGGAAAAGGCUCGAGAGAGUAGAAUUGAUUUUUAUUUUAUUUUACCAAACAUACACUUAAGGUGUCAAGUAGGUAUGGAAUUUAGUAAAGAAUUAAAAAAAAAAAAAAAAAAAAAUGGAAGGAGGAAUUGGGUUGCAGAUAAGAUCUUCCUUUUUCCAGUAACUUCUUUGGAAAUAACAUUUUUAAGGAGUUGAUGAAUGUGUGUUAGGAAUUAACAUAAUAAUGCUAAUGAGAUUCUUCCUUAGACCCUUUAAUUUUUUAAAUUAUGAUUUUACUAAAUUGAUAUUUUAAACCAGAAAAAAAAAAAAGCACAUGUUAAUAUACAAUGACGAUCGCGAUGGAGUGAGUAAAAGUUGCUUUCAGGGAAAAGAGGAAAAGACUUGUCCCAUGGUCUUCCACCUUGCUCUUCCAAUGUCAUUUAUCGUUCCUGCCAGUCCUCUUGUCGCCAGUGGCUUUAAAGAAACUCCGUUUAACAGGCUUCAUUGUGUCCAAGUACUUCAGAUACUUUUAAAAGUUAGCCAUGACGUAGCGCUUUGUGCUGUUAAGACCUUAGCAGAGUCAGGUGGCUUACGGGUAAUAUUCAACCUUGUGCGUCUGAAUCUGUCACGGAUUCCUUUACUCAGCACUUUGCCACUAAUUUGUAUUACACUCUGUGGCCAUAGAAUACUUGCACGUUAUGCAAAAAAUGUUGAUAGUAUCUCUUUGGCACACAAUAUGCAGAGUUGACACAUAACCUUUGAAAACCAAGGUAACUAAUAUGUGUGCCCUAGUUGGGUGGCACUUGGUUACAAAGUCUGUACAUAUUAUGUAUGAAAUGUAUAUUAACAUUUAGUUCUAAGGAAUUCUAAGCUUAAAAAAGGUGUUUUUGGUUUUAUUUUUUCCCAGCUAGUGAUAUCUAUAACUGUGCUUAUCUAAAAUACAUAGGUUGACUAGAAAACGUUUUCAAAUGAUUCAAGAUUGAAAGUGCAAACCCUAUACAUCCCUUUAUUCGAUUCUGCCCUAUUCCCUAUUGUUAACAUCUGGCUGAUAUCAAGGUCCUUGAUUGUCACACAGUAAUAUUUUCAAUAAAUGAGGUAUUCUGAACUGCCUGGUGAUAUUUUCAAAAAGAGCAAUUAAAAUGUGUAUACACUAUAAUCUAGCUGAUAGAAACAGGACUAUUAAAGCAAGCCAGAAAUUUGCAUGAUAGAGUGGAAACCUGUGGAGGUCCCAAAGUAUUAAUGAUACCUAAAAUAUAUAUAUAAAAAAAAGUGAUAGUACUAUUGUCUGCCUUACAAAUAAUUGUUUUUGACUUUUGAAAGAGGAAUAUUAUGGACUCUGUUCCUUCUGAGGCAAAACUUAAUGUAACUACUAAAUAUUUGCAUGUCUUUUGACAGAGGAUAAACUAAAACCUUUUAACAUGCACACUUUUUGAUAAAUAUGAAGUACCUUCAUUAAAGAAAGAAGGUGGAAGGUGUAUGUCCAGAAUACUUGUUUAACAAUACCAAAUGUUAAAUAAAAAUAGUUGGGAAUUCAUAUUUAAAAGAUGAGCAGCAUUUUUAAGUCUUUUUUACCUUACUUAUGUGGAUCAUAGAUUAAUUUUUUAGAAGAACGCUAAAAUUCAGUACCAAGGUUGCGUAUGAAAUCACUUUUCAGUCAAUUAUUUUCAGCUGCUCUUACUGUGCUCAAAAGCACCCGACUUGGACCCUGUUCUCAAUGAGAGUUGAUGAGCAGUUGAGGAGGGGCUGAAGUAGAGCAGUACAUUGUACUGUAUAUGUUAACACUCACAUAGAAACUCUAAAGUGAUACAUUUUGCACCACGUUAAGUGGAAUCCGAACUAUUUGAUUUUUAUGGUAUCCAAAGAAGAUGUAUUCCAUACAGUGACAAACCCUUUCAUUCAUACCCUUAAAAAACCAAAAAUCCAUGGCCUUGGAGUCAGUUCCAACUAAGAGAGACCCUAUAGGACAGGGCAGAACUGCCCCACAGAGUUUCCAAGGCUGUAAAUCUUUAUGGGAGCAGACUGCCACAUCUUUCUCCUGUGGAGUGGCUGGUGGAUUCGAAUCUCCAACCUUUCGGUUAGCAGCCAAGUGCUCUAACCACUGCAAGAACAGGGCUCUUUUCAUAUCCUAAUGAUGUCCCAUGUGCUGCUCUGAUUUUCCACUCUCACGUGUGUGAAAACACACACAAAUCCAGGCUCACAAAGAGUGCCUGUUGAGAAUGUCGAGAAGAUUCAGAUAUUUAAAUGUGUCCAUUAAUUCAUUAAGUCUGUGGCAAUGUGACGCAAAGUGAGCACCAACUUGUAGAACAGCAUCUUUCUUAACCGUAGGGAUAGGUUUCACCUACUCCACCUUUGUUUCCAAUUUUAAUUUUUCAAUAUUUGUUUUGCCAGACCUGGGAGAACUACCAAGUCUCCAUAUCUUCCUGAGGCCUCCUUUUGUAGAACUGCACUGUUUAAAAUGAUGGUAGCGACAUCAUUUGUAGAAAGCUUCAGUUUACAAGGCAGUGCCAUAGUCCGUAGCUUAUUUUAAGCCUCUUAAUUCCAGCAAGAGGUACUUAGGGCAGGCACUGAAAUCCCCCACUUCAGAGUCAGGGGAAGGAAAACUCAGAGAGGUUAACGGAUUGGGUUAGCUGUUAAAUGGUCAUCUUGGUCUCCAACCAAAGUCUUUUAUAUUCCAAUCUCUAUCUUCUCUUUUCUUAUUAAUGAAGGCUUCCUCAAACGCAGAAAAUGCAGGGGAAAAAAUUAAUCGCAAUGCGGAAACUUCAGAUAUAUAAUAUGUAGUUUGCUAGUGUGAAAAAGGCAACCACUAAGUAAUUGAGAUCAAGUGUAUGGAAUGCUUCGUCAUGAAAUAUUAGCCCCCAAACUCUGCCAUCAGGCAUAAGAUCUAUAACAACAAAUGCUUUAAAAAAAAAAAAAAAAACUUUAUUAUGAGAAUUUUCAAGCUUGCAAAAA